UCUUCACCUCAACACUCAACCUGGCGUAAGGAAUCCCACUCUUCCAGUCAACCAGAACCCAGCCAGCUUUAUGAUCACAGGCUCAGACAGCAACUUCAACACGUGCAGGAAAUGCAGCAGAACCACAAGUCUCAUCUGCAGAAGAGGUUUCAGUGUCUGAUUGAGGGCAGCAUAGAGCAGGGAAACUCCACAGAACUGAAUAAGGUCUACACAGAUCUCUACAUCACAGAGGGGGGAAGGGGAGAGGUCAAUGAAGAACACGAGGUCAGACAGAUAGAGAGAGCGUCCUGGAGAGAGGAGAAAUUAGGCAGACCAGUCAAAUGCAGUGCCGUCUUUGAACCUGGAUCUGGACAAGACAAACCCAUUAGAUCAGUCCUGACUAAGGGAGUGGCUGGCGUCGGAAAAACGGUCUCUGUGCAGAAGUUCAUUCUGGACUGGGCUGAAGGGAAAGCCAAUCAGGAUGUCCACUUCAUAUUUCCUUUUCUUUUCCGUGAGCUGAACCUGAUGAAGGAGAAGAAACUCAGUCUGGUGGGUCUUAUCCAGCACUUUUACCCCGAGAUAAAAGCAGAAGAAAUACUUAAUAGUUCAAAGCACAGAGUAUUGUUCAUCUUUGAUGGUCUGGAUGAGUGGCGAUUUCCUCUGCAGUUCAACCACAGAUCAAAGUGUUGUGAUGUGACAGAGCAGGUUUCAGUCGACAUGUUGCUGACAAACCUCAUCCAGGGGAAUCUACUUCCCUCUGCUCUCCUCUGGAUCACCACCCGACCAGCAGCAGCCAGUCAGAUCCCUUAUGAGUGUGUGGAUCAGGUGACAGAAAUAAGGGGAUUCAACGAUCCACAGAAAGAGGAGUACUUUGGGAAGAGAAUCAGUGAUGAGAAUCUGGUCAGCAGAGUCAUUAGACACCUGAAGUCAUCCAGGAGCCUCUACAUCAUGUGCCACAUUCCAGUCUUCUGCUGGAUUGCAGCCUUUGUUGCAGAGAGAGCAUCAGCAGAAUCAGACGAAGCUGAAAUGCCAAGGACUAUGACUCAAAUGUACAGCCGCUUUCUCAUCAUUCAGACCAGCAUUAAAAAGGACAAGUACACAGAGAGAAAAGAGACAGAAGAAGAGAUCAUUUUCAAACUGGGGAAACUGGCAUUUCAGCAGCUGGAGAAGGGUAACCUGAUCUUCUAUGAGGAAGACCUGAGAGAGGCUGGCAUUGAUGUCACAGAAGCAUCAGUGUACUCAGGAGUAUGUACUCAGAUCUUCAGAGAGGAGAAGGAUGUUUCCCAAGCAAAGGUGUCCGUGUUCAGCUUUGUACAUCUGAGCAUCCAGGAGUUCCUGGCAGCAUUAUAUGUGUUUCUCUGCUUCAGCAACCGAGAGAGAAACACGUGUGAUCAACAGCAAACUUCUCAGCUAUCUGCCCUGUUCAGAGCUGAAACACUUCAUGACUUGCACAAGACUGCAGUGGAUCUGGCCUUACAGAUGUUCUGGCAGGGCUGCCACUAG